AUUUCUUUUCUAUGAAGGUAAGAUCUUCUCAUGAAUAUACUUUAUCUCUCUCUCUCUGCUUUUCCAUCUUUCAGUUUUGAUUACCUGGGGUUUUUGUUUUCUUAUCUUCCAUGUAUUAUUAUUUGGUUUGGCUUAGCUGAUUGUCACUCUGAAUAAAGAAUCGAUGUCUGAGUCUUCUGAAUCUUUUGUGGAAAUGGGUCGGAAGAAGAAGAUCAAGAGGUUUUUGAUAUUCAGAGAAUCCAGUCAAAAACCAACACUUCCUUCACAUUGGUUAUCAUUAUUGCUUCAUUGGUAGAAUUGUUGAAAAAAUUACUGUUUUUGUGGGUUAGUUUUUGAGGAAUCAUGUGAAGCUUGAAAAAUAUUAACUAAUUACUAUUUAGUUGGGGUGACUUGUAGGAAGUUUCUGUGAUUUUAUGGUGGAUUCAGUAGUUUGUAGGAUUGCUUAUGAUUUUGGAAACUUAAAAAAAUUGAUUUGUUGGAUUGUAUGAUGGAGGCCUUGGGAAAGAAGAGGAAGGGAGUGGAGACUCUGGGAACAUGCAAAAAGAAUUUGAUUCCAUUGACAGCCGUUGUGUCACAUUUGUCAUUGGAAUAUUGCUUAAGGCGAAAAAAGAAAUGUAAGGAAACAGUGGUAACAGCAAAUAUUGGUUCUAGUAGAAGUCUAGUUGCUGGAGUUGUUACUGGUCCACCUAGUGGUAGUGCCUGUAUAGAUACACCUGGGAGAGGCCUUAAGAGGAAAAUUGGGUGUAUUGAUGCAGCAACUCGAAUGGGUAGGAAGAAGAAGAUUGAACAAGAAUAUGACUUGGGUGCAGUUAUUGGACAGGGGAAAUUUGGGUCAGUGGUGUUGUGUAGGAGCAAAGCUAGUGGAGAAGAGUGUGCAUGCAAGAUGCUGCAGAAGGGGGAGGAGAUUGUGCAUCGGGAGGUGGAGAUAAUGCAGCAUCUUUCUGGCCAUCCGGGCAUAGUGACAUUAAAGGGGGUGUACGAGGAUGCUGACUCUUUCCAUCUUGUGAUGGAGCUUUGCUCUGGGGGACGGUUACUUGACCACAUGGCUAGGGAGGGGCGAUAUUCUGAGCAACGAGCUGCUAAUUUACUUAAGGAAUUGAUGUUAGUCAUCAGUUAUUGCCAUCAGAUGGGUGUUGUUCACCGUGACAUAAAGCCUGAGAACGUUCUGCUUACUACUUCUGGACAAAUAAAGCUUGCAGACUUCGGGUUAGCUGUGAGAAUUACCGAUGGCCAGAGCCUGACUGGUAUAGUUGGAAGUCCUGCCUACAUUGCGCCAGAAGUUUUGACAGGUGAUUAUUCAGAAAAAGUGGAUAUUUGGAGUGCCGGUAUCCUCCUCUAUGGACUGCUAGUAGGUGUGCUCCCAUUUCAUGGUGAUUCUGUAGAAACUGUUUUUGAUGCUAUCAAGAAGGGGAGUCUUGAUUUCAGUGGUCGAGAGUGGGAAUCUGUAUCACAAUCUGCUUGUGAUCUGAUUGCUCGCAUGCUGGCAAGGGAUGUUUCAGUGAGGUUCAGUGCUGAUGAAGUGCUAAGGCAUCCCUGGAUUUUGUUCUACACAGAACACACUUCGAUGACACUAUUUUCCCAGGCAAAAAUGAAAAACCAUGUAAAAUUGACUUCACGACAGCUGACCGUUGGCCCUGGGAUGGAGUCGGAGAGAAACAAGAUAACAGCCAGCAUCUCUCUCAAUGAUGACUCUGGUCUAAUUUUAUCAUCCAGUAGUUCCACUAAGAUGCUUGAAGGUGAAGACAGUGGCUUGGUGGAUGUCCUUGCUGCGGCGAUUUCACGUGUCAGGAUCUCCGAGCCAAAGAGAAGUAGGUUAUGCAGUCCCGUCAGGAUCCAACAGGAUUGCUCCUCUAACAUAAAGGUUAACAGCCUCUGUACAGCAUUUUGACUCUCAAAUGUAACCAGCUGAAGCAUCUGGAACACUCUUACAGCUAUAGGUUAUAGCUUGAGUUGAAGAUGGCUUACACUAACAGGAGCUUUCCUAGACAGCAAAUGCAGAAGACUUGACAAACCAGAAGGCAUGAUGGAUUAACUCUUUGACGGUGACAAAUAAGUUCUUUUCUUUUGCUGCCAGAAUUAUGAAAUAAUAGUUGGCGGCUUAUGUGGGUAUCCUGUGUUGUACAUGUUGACAACUUGUGAGAACUGGUUUUGGAGAUCUCAUGUAAACAAAAUGUGUGCUUUUAAGUGUUCUGUUCUGUUAAGCUAUUGAUAUGAAGUGUGUUAUUGGCAGAUGGUUAUGGACUGGUUUUCUCUUGCCGUUUCUU